GCUCACUUCCCUGCCUCACUUCGUGCUUCCCUUUCACACAACUCCCUCCUUGACACCCUUUCGCUGCUUCUCAGUCUUUCCAGCUUUCUGUUGUCGAGCUUCUGGGAAAGCCAGGCACGCAAAAGCAGGGCGCGCAAGUCCAGGGUCCUUAGGUGGUCUGGAUAUUGGUUUCCCAUAGAGGGUAUACUUCUCCGCCUGUGAAAUAUGGCCGCUUCAGACAAGCGCCCCUUCAAGAAGCAACACUCGCUUGAUAAGAGAAAAUCAGAGGCAGAGAGAAUUCGGGAGAAGUAUCCGGAUAGAAUUCCUGUGAUUGUGGAGAAGGCAAGGAGGAGCAAGGCUCCUGAUAUUGAUAAGAAGAAGUAUCUGGUGCCGUCGGACUUGUCAGUUAGCCAGUUCAUGACUGUCAUAAGGAGGAGGAUAAAGCUAGAAGCGGAGCAAGCGAUUUUUUUGUUCGUCCACAACACGAUUCCACCCUCAGCUGCGCUUAUGUCAUCUAUCUAUGAUGAUCAUAAGGACGAGGACGGCUUUCUUUACAUCGUAUACAAUGGGGAGAGCACAUUCGGCUGAAGAAGAGUAGGAGUGGUAUACAGCAUGUAUAUACAUAGGCUGUUUCUACCGUGCUGGGUGUAUCCUGAGUGGGUGGUCAGCUAUUUUGUGGUUCGUGAAUCGGAUACUGAUACUCCUGGCUGUUAACAUCAUGUACAUAACCAGUUUGUAGAGAACCCUAGAAUGUUGUGCCUAUUUGCAGACCUUGCAGCCUUUGGCGCAACAGGUAAGGAAUUAGAAAUGUUUAGGGCUGACUAC